CCUUAGGAGCAGAAUACACAAUCGUCAGGGUUCAUGCCGGAUUUUGAGCACUUCCGAUUUUCCUACUCAAAUAUGAAUCCUAUUUUGGGGGAGAGCAACUUUUUCACCCCUCCACCUCCGUUGCACCACCACUCCCUACCAGGACCACCCGACUCUAGCCCAGAUCCAAGCUACUUUUUAGGGGACAGCUCUAGCUUUGCCCCUGAAUACUUAUCCGGUCUAGAUUUGAACUCGCUUCCUCCAUCCGGUUUGGCCUAUCUGCAUUUUAACAAUCCUUUGCAUAGAGCGCCCCCUGCUGCCACCGCGCUACGAAACGACUUAGGUUCCAAUAUUAGUGUUCUCAAAACAUUAAAUUUACGUUUUAGAUGUUUCUUGGCCAAAGUACACGAAUUGGAGCGUCGAAAUAAACAGUUGGAGAAGCAGUUGCAACAGGCGCUAGACAAUAACAAGAUUGAAAACAUGCAGAAGUUGCUUACUAAAGAUAUGGGCGUUCAAACUGGUUUUAUUAGCCCUAUCCAAACGCGCCCAGGGUACAUCCCGCUACAAAACGCCAACAACCCCGCCUACUUACCCGGGGGCAUCCUGUCUCCAACUUUGAACCCUCCACCUUUGCUAGAAUCAAAUCGAUACUUAUCUACUGACAGUAAUUUAAAUAUCACAAGCCCGUUGCAAAGUCCUGGUAGUAACAUGAAUGAGAAGUGUCCCCUACCCCCUCCUCCGCGGUUCUUGCCCGGGACUAUGUGGUCAUUUAAUCAUAGUAGGAGGUUCAGCAGGGACUCGACCGGGAUUUCGGGGUCUGGACUUGGUCUUGGGUCUGGGCUUCCCUGGGCCUGUCCCGAUGGAGUGGGGGUGCAGAUAGACACCAUCACGCCGGAGAUCAGGGCACUGUACAAUGUGCUCGCCAAAGUGAAAAGAGAGAGGGAUGAAUACAAGAAAAGAUGGGAGGAGGAGUACACGGCCAGAAUGGACCUGCAGGACAAAGUGGCAGAACUCGACGAUGAGCUGCAGGAGAGUGAGGUGGUUCAGGACAAACUGUCUCUCACAGUGAAACAUCUGAAGGCCGAGCUCGUCCUGUUUAAAGGACUGGUCAGUAAUAAUCUGUCAGACUUGGACAGUAAGAUCCAGGAGAAGGCCAUGAAGGUGGACAUGGACAUCUGCAGACGGAUCGACAUCACGGCCAAACUGUGCGACGUCGCUCAGCAGAGAAACAGCGAAGACAUGAGCUCUAUGUUUCAGGUGUCCACCCCUCCCUCCACUCUCACCCGUCGAACCCGGAAGUUGAGCGGCCAAUCAGUGAAGACGGGCAGCGAUGGGGAUGAAGUCAGCAGCCUAUCAGAGAGCGAGGGAGGUGGGGCCAAAGACGAGGAGUCCAGCACUUCCGCCAAUCAGAUCAACGAGCAGGUGCACAGGAUGCUCAACCAACUGAGGGAGUGUGAUUUUGAGGACGACUGUGACAGUUUGGCCUGGGAGGAAACUGAGGAGACUCUGCUGCUGUGGGAGGAUUUUCCAGGGUACUCACUGGCCGAUACUCAGGCAGAGUCGGAAGAGUCCAUUGAGAAAGUGAUCAACGACACUGAGUCUUUGUUUCAAUCUAGAGAGAAAGAAUAUCAGGAGACUAUAGACCAGAUCGAGUUGGAGUUGGCGACAGCGAAGAGCGAUAUGAACCGACACCUUCACGAGUACAUGGAGAUGUGCUCCAUGAAGCGAGGCCUGGACGUGCAGAUGGAGACCUGUAGGAGGCUCAUCACUCAGACUGGGAACAGGAAGUCCCCGUCCAUGGUCCUCCUGGCCACGACUGAAGACUCUGACACAGACAACAGAGAGAAGAAGAAACCUCCCGAUGAGGACUCACCAAACAGUGACUGUAUGUGUGAAGGCAACAGUGACGCGCCUCCUCUGGCCUGGAGGAAACCCUAGCACUGCCUAAUGAGUAUC